AUGAAGUACUCGAGUUCCAUCCUGAUCGCAGCUUUCUGCGUUAGCGUCCUUGCCGCUCCUGCUGCCAAGCGUUCAUCCGUUGAGGAUUACGUGAUCGAGGUCGACAAGCGUUCUUCGGUUGAGGACUAUGUCAUCCCCAUCGACAAGAGGUCUUCGGUUGAGGAUUACGUGAUUUCCGUCGACAACAAGCGCAGCUCGGUUGAAGACUACGCAAUCGGGGUCGAUAAGCGUGGUGCUGUCGAAGACUAUGUCAUCCCCAUCGACAAGCGUAGCGCCGUCGAGGACUACGUGAUCGAGGUCGACAAGCGCCACAACUCCGUCGAGGACUACGCCAUCGGGGUCGAUAAGCGUGGUUCUGUCGAAGACUAUGUCAUCCCCAUCGACAAGCGUAGCGCCGUCGAGGACUACGUGAUCGAGGUCGACAAGCGCCACAACUCCGUCGAGGACUACGCCAUCGGGGUCGAUAAGCGUGGUUCUGUCGAAGACUAUGUCAUCCCCAUCGACAAGCGUAGUGCCGUCGAGGACUAUGUGAUCGAGGUCGACAAGCGCCACAACUCCGUCGAGGACUACGCCAUCGGGGUCGAUAAGCGUGGUUCUGUCGAAGACUAUGUCAUCCCCAUCGACAAGCGUAGUGCCGUCGAGGACUAUGUGAUCGAGGUCGACAAGGCCUAA